AUGGCGCCACCGAGGUCAUUCACGACCCGGAGGGAGACCCGCGCUGCGCCACCUGAGGACAGGCAGCGGGGGGGGGGCAGGAGGCGAUUUGGGCCUCGGGGCGGCCCCUGCCAGAGCAGCCCCUGUAACAGGCUGCGUAACGUCCCGCGCCGUGACGGUGUGGUACAGUACAGCAUCGUCGAAAGCCCAGCGGGGCGUUCGGUCGCCCUCGGCGGGGUUUGGCACAGGGGCUUUGCAGGGCUCCUCACGUGUCCCCGCGUCACGGGCCGGGGCGGCCGGAGCGGGCUGCUGACACCUGAGCUGCUGAGCCCCGAACGUCCUCGCGCCCGCGAAAUUCUGACGUCACCAGACUGGAGUAGCAGGACUCGCGCACGUGGUGGACGGUGUUCCUGCGGACGUCUCACACCACCACACUUGCCGUCUCAGGAAUUAAAAAAGGAGGGAAGGAUAACAGUCUGUCUAAACCCAGAAUUAAGGCCUACAUUUACAUGUGGAGGAGUUGUAUCUGGAGAGUCAGGGUUUAUUGGGAGUGAAGGAUUUCCUGGAGUCUACCCUCCAAACAGCAAAUGUACUUGGAAAAUCACAGUCCCAGAAGGAAAAGUGGUGGUUCUUUCUUUUAGAUAUUUAGACCUGGAAAGUGACAACUUGUGCCGAUAUGAUUUUGUGGAUAUAUACAACGGCCAUGCCAAUGGACAACGCAUUGGCAGGUUCUGUGGUACUGUGAAACCAGGUGCCCUCGUAUCCAACAGCAAUAAAAUGUUGGUGCAGAUGACUUCAGAUGCUAAUACUGCUGGAAGUGGAUUCAUUGCAAAAUUUUCUGCAGCAGAACCACAUGAAAGAGGGGAUCAGUACUGCGGGGGACGACUGGAGAAGCCGUCGGGGUCCUUCCAAACGCCCAACUGGCCAGAGCGAGACUACCCAGCGGGAGUCACCUGCUCCUGGCACAUCGUUGCCCCAAAGAACCAGCUAAUAGAGUUAAAGUUUGAGAAGUUUGAUGUGGAGAGAGACAACUACUGCAGAUAUGACUAUGUCGCAGUGUUUAAUGGUGGGGAAGUCAAUGAUGCUAAAAGAAUUGGCAAGUACUGCGGAGACAGUCCACCAGCGCCUAUUCUGUCUGAGAGAAAUGAGUUGCUCAUUCAGUUUUUGUCUGAUUUAAGCUUAACAGCUGAUGGUUUUAUUGGCCAUUAUAAAUUUAGACCAAAAAAGUUACCUACAACUACUGUUCCGCCUACUACCACAACAGUCCCUGCUACCUCAACUGUGAAACCAACAGUUGCCCUGUGCCAGCAAAAGUGUAAGAGGAGUGGGACUCUCGAAAGUAAUUAUUGUUCAAGCAACUUUGUAAUAACUGGAACUGUGAUCACAGCAAUAACACGGGCUGGCAGUCUGCAUGCAACAAUAUCAAUCAUUAAUGUAUAUAAGGAGGGAAAUUUAGCAAUUCAACAAGCCGGCAAGAGUAUGAGUGCCAAGAUUAUUGUUGUAUGUAAGCAGUGUCCUCUCAUCAGAAGAGGUUUAAACUACAUCAUCAUGGGCCAGGUAGACGAAGAUGGUAGAGGCAAAGUCUUUCCCAACAGCUUUGUAAUGAGUUUUAAGACUAAGAACUCAAAGAUUCUAAAUGCCUUGAAAAACAAAACAUGUUAAAACUAAACUCUGCAGCUGCAUUCUAUCAUUUCUCUUGAAAAAAUAAUUUUCACUUACUGUAAGUCAUGAAAGUACAACUGACUGCCAACAUUAAGACCACGCUCAACCCUUCUUCCCUCCCAUCCACCUAAGCAGACUCUGGCACAAGGUGGUAGCCAUUACACUUACUGAGACAAGAACAGAUUCUCCAAAGUCUUAAAGCUGAAGAUUUGCAGCACAGCCAUCUGAUGUCAAACAUACCAAAUUCCAAUUACUUGGAAGCUGUUAAUUUAUAAUUGUCCAAUUUUUUAAGGAGUUGUGUAUGUAAAAUAAGAAUUCUAAGUGCAAUAUUUAUAGUAACUCAU